CAUCGUCUUUGCUGUCUCAUGAUUGCUUGUUUUGUACAUUAAGCGAUUUCUUUCCCGAGUUAACUCAAUAGGUAGCUUUUAUUUGUUGGAUUCAAUCGCCGAUUGGAGAUGAUACUUCUCGUUCUCGAUAAUAUGGCUAAAGUAAAUACCCUGGUGAAGAUGGGGACAUGGAAAAGUGUAAAUAGGACAAUCUUUAUAUUGGGUAUUUGUGCUCUUCUGGUUUCAGUGGCUACCUUGUCUGGGUCUUAUUCUUUUAGAUCUCUCCUUGUUACUAAUUCCUUCUGCGACUAUGUGAACCCUUUGAAUGAAGGCGAAGCGAGGAUGAAUUUCGAGGUUGUUAUUCGGAAAAUCCGACAAGAAAUGGAUGAGUUGAAGAACGGCACGUUGAAAGAGUCGUCGUCAUCGGAAAUCUUGCUUAGACAUAGUGUUUUUCUUGCUGAUAUUCUUGGUCUAAUCGAGUCGAUGCAGGCAUUGGGUCCCGACGUCAAAGACGCGACCGUCGACCAUCCAUUGGUAAAACUGAAUCAUCAAUCCGAUGAGCCUGCGGAUUACUUCCUGAUCGAGGAAAUUCGGAAGUACGUUCGGGUGAAGCCGAACAGACUAGGGAAACAGAACUUCAUGGGAGCAAAUGGUACGUUCACGAGCAUCGGCCACGCUUGUUUCGCAAUGAAGGAGGAGCUGGAAGAGUACAUGGAUUACGACGUUGGCGAAAUCUGCAACGACGAUUGGAAGCUAGCUCAGAAACUAAUGGUUCACGGCUGCGAUCCGUUACCGAGGAGGCGGUGCCUCGCGAGAGCCCCGCGGGUAUACACUCAGCCGUUCCCCAUCAACGAGUCUAUCUGGAAACUGCCCGACGAUCGCAACGUCCGAUGGAGUGGCUAUCGGUGCAAGAACUUCACUUGUUUAGCAAACAACGGAACCCGCAAAGGAUUCUUCAAAUGUGCAGAUUGCUUCAAUCUCACACACCAUGAAAUGCCGAGAUGGAUCCAACCCACGGAUUUAGACCCCGAAACAAACACAACCGCAGACUUUUUAAUACCCGAAGUGCUUAAAAUCAAGCCUGGGGAGGUCAGAAUUGGAUUGGAUUUCAGUGUGGGUACCGGGACAUUUGCAGCAAGGAUGAGGGAGUUCAACGUGACGAUUGUUUCAGCCACCAUUAACCUCGGGGCACCGUUUAGCGAGAUGAUAGCUCUUCGAGGAUUAGUUCCUCUUUAUUUGUCAAUAAACCAGCGGCUACCGUUCUUUGACAACACCCUGGAUCUGUUACACACGACGAGGUUUCUGGAUGGGUGGAUUGAUUUUGUACUUUUGGACUUUGUGUUGUUUGAUUGGGACAGGGUUUUGAGACCAGGGGGAUUGCUGUGGAUCGACAGUUUCUUCUGUUUGAAAGAAGAUUUGGAAGAUUACAUGGAGGCAUUCAAGGUGCUGAGGUAUAGAAAACACAAAUGGGUCGUUGUUCCAAAGCGAGAUAAAGAUGAUGAUAGAGAGGUGUUUUUCUCAGCUGUGUUAGAGAAGCCGCCAAGGCCAUUCUGAUAUAUACGGUUAUCUUUUAGUUCAUGGUUUCAUGUUAGAAACACAGGUACAAGUUUCUUAAUUUCUUUACAGAAUUCGAUUUUAUUUUAGUUUUUUGGAAUCAAAAUGUUUGUAGAUGCCAAGUAGAAAUAUUACAGUAACAUCAUCUUGUUCCUAAGUAAUUUCUGAAUCCUGGUCUCUGCUCUUUGUCACGGCUAUAAGAUGAAAAUGUUUGAA